ACUCCACUCUGGGACGGGAUUGGUUGGACACGUUUCCUCUUCCACCUCCACUCAGGGAUAACUUCAGGUCCUUGUGUCUGGAGACUGGCAUUGCAGGGGCAGGUUUCAGGGCCUCGCACCUCCCUUCUCCACGUUCCUGCCCCCUGGGUCGCUCUGCAGGUAAAGAACAUGGAGAAGCUGCAGGUUUGGCUCUUUCUCCUCGCUGGCCUCUCGGGAACCAUCACCCAGGAAGACCUGUAUCGAAAGGUGUUCGUCUUCCGGAAGGACCCUAGUGACGCCCAUGUGGUCGUGAAGCCGGAGCCGGAGCAGCCACUGCAGAACUUCACCGUGUGUCUGAGAUCCUUCACUGAUCUGACUCGUCCAUACGGCCUCUUCUCCUACGCUACCAAAGCCCAGGACAACGAGAUCCUGCUCUUCAAACCCAAGCCUGGGGAGUACAGACUAUACGUAGGGGGGGAAUUUGUGACCUUCAGAGUCCCAGAGAACCGUAUGGACUGGGAGCAUGUCUGUGCCGGCUGGGAAUCGGCCACGGGCAUAGCUGAGUUCUGGGUGAACGGGAAGCCCUUACCCAGGAAGGGUCUGCAGAAAGGCUAUUCCAUCAGUGCCGAGGCUGUGAUCAUCCUGGGGCAGGAGCAGGACUCCUUCGGGGGCGGGUUUGAUUUAUAUAAUUCUUUUACAGGUGAAAUGACUGACGUGUACAUGUGGGGGUAUGGUCUGUCACCAGGCAAAAUGAGAGCUGCAUAUCAGUCUCUGCAGCUGCCCCCCAGUGCCCUGGGCUGGAGGAACUUGCAGUAUGAAAUAAAAGGUGAUGUGGCUGUGAAGCCCAGACUGAGAGACACGCUGAUCAUAUGAGCACAGGCUGCAUUCAGGCAUGGUGCAGCCUCAGCCCAAAGUCAUGGAGCUCCAACUCCUGCCGUCUCAUUUCAGAGAGGCUGACCCCUCCCCAAGGUGUGCUCGCUGCGGCUAAACCAUGAUGAUUGUGACAUAAAGGAGAAUGUGACCUUCUGCGCCCCUGGUGUUUGUGUCAUCAGGGCUGGCUUUAGGCCUAUUCGCCCGAUUCCUCGCUCCUUAGACACUUUUUUUUUUAAACUUACCCCGAGUCCCCGGCUGCGAUCUGCUCAGGGGUCUUCCCUGGUCCCGCUCCCUUGAGCGAAGUGCAGGCUGGAGUGCGGCAAGCCCUGCAGCCCCGCUCUCCUGGCUGGAGCCCCGGCCGGAGUGCGGCAAGCCCCACUCUCCCGGCUGGAGCUCCGAUGGGAGCGCGGCAAGCCCCCAGGACCCGCUUUCCUGGCUGGAGCCCUGGCCGGAGCGCGGCAAGCCCCGUGGCCCCGGCUGGAGCCCCGGCUGGAGUGCAGCAAGCCCCACGACUGCGCUCUCCUGGCUGGAGCUCCAGCCAGAGCACGGCAAGCCCCGUGGCCCUGCUUUCCCGGCUGGAGCUCCGGGCCUUUAAAUAGCCCCCAGAGCCCUGGGGUAGUGAGGGGCUCCGGGGGCUAUUUAAAGGGUCAGGGCUCCAGCUGCCUGCCUCUGCCACCCCGGUCCUUUAAAUAGCCGCCAAAGCCCCGCCACCCCCACGCAUACCCGAGGGCUCCAGCAGCUAUUUAAAAGGUCCAGGGCAGGGUAGAAGCUGGGGAGCCCUGGGCCCUUUAAAUAGCCCCCAAAGCCCUGGGAUAGCAGGGAGCUUGGAGGCUAUUUAAAGGGCUGGGGCUCCAGCUGCCUCUGCUGCACCCCCUGCUCUGCCCACACCAGCCCCGCUCCCCCUGCCUGCAGACAGCUCUGCACCCCGUGCCCACAGUCAGCCCCUGUCAAACCCCCUGCUGUGUCUCCAGUCAACCCCUGCCACACACCCCUGUGGCCCUGCCCAAAGCCAGCCAGCCCCACACACAUUGCUGCCUGCACCAGCCCUGCACUCCCUGCCCUGUCUCCAGCCAACCCCUGCUGCACCCCCCCUGCCUGAAGCCAGCCAGUCUGACACUCCUCUGUCUCCAGCCCUGCCAACCCCUGCUGCAUCCCCCCGUGGUCCUGCCUGAAGCCAGCCCACCUCACACACCCCCUAUCUCCAACCAGCCCCGCACCCCUUUCCCUGCCUGCAGUCAAACCCUACCUCCAGUCAGCCCCUGCCCUGCCUCCUGCCAGCCCCAUGUCCACUUGUGCCCUGCAGUUCCCAGGGCAGUAACCCUGCACACCUGCUUCAAUGAGGGGGGCAGGGAGCAGCUGGGACCCACACAUGUGAAACGGCAGUCAUUAAUAACCAAUCAACAGCAUAUAUGAUGCAAUGUACAUAAUAUAUAAUUUUAUUAUUUAUAUAGUUAUGGAAAGUAAAUAAUACAUGAAAGGCU